AUGACGGUGAUUGGAAAAGCGCGUUGUGCUACAUGUGACAAGGAAAAAGGUAUAUUAAAAUGUGAAGGUUGUUUGCAAACAUUUUGUUACAAUCAUGCAGCGGAUCAUCGUCAAGAACUCAACAAAAAAAUGGAAAAUGUCAUAUAUAAAAGUGAUCUUAUUCAACAGACUCUUGCUGAACGAACCAUUGAUCUUAAAAAUAAUUCAAGAAUGAAAGAAAUUGAUGAUUGGGAAUUUAAAUCAAUUGAAAAGAUUCGACAAACAGCAGAAGAAGCUCGAAAAGAAUUUAAACAUACUGCUGAUCAUAUUAGUCAAGUCAAAGUCAGAUUAAAUAAUGUAAUGGAAGAAAUACGACAAAGUUAUCAAGAAAAUAAUUAUUACGAAACUGAUUUACAUCAAUGGAAAUCAACUUUAUCACAACUUGAAGAAGAAUUACAAUUCAAAUCAAGGAACAAUAAACUUCAACAUGAUCCUAUACCACUUGAAACAAAAAUUUCUUUUGAGACACCUACACCACGUUUAUAUGUACCACAAUUGUCUAUACCAUAUAUAAAGGAGUUUAGAAAAUGGUCACAAAAUGGUGUGACAUUUGCUGGUGGCAACCGAUCUGGUAGUGGACUUACACAACUCUAUCAUCCAUUGAGUAUAUGUAUUGAUGAUAGUGAUCGAUCUGCAUAUAUUUCUGAUUAUUGGAAUAGUCGUAUUUUGAAAUGGAUGCGAGGAGCGAUGAGUGGUGAACUUAUUAUCAAUGGAACUUUAGAAAAUAGUCAAAAUAAUCAUUUAAAUUGUCCAGGAGAUGUGAUUAUCGAUCAAGAAAAUGAUAGUCUUAUUAUUUGUGAUACAGGAAAUCGACAAAUAGUGCAAUGGCCACGAUGUAAUAAUGCAGUAGGAAAAACAAUUAUUUCAGAUAUUGAAUGUUGGGGUUUAGCUAUGGACAAUCAAGGAUAUCUUUAUGUCUCAGAUUACAAUAGACAUGAAGUAAGACGAUGGCGUAUAGGAGAUACAGAAGGAACAGUAAUAGCAGGUGGAAAUAAUCAAGGCAAUCGUCUUAAUCAACUUAAUUCGCCUACCAAUAUAUUCGUUGAUGAUGAACAAUCAGUUUAUGUAUCAGAUCGUUUUAACCAUCGUGUUAUGAAAUGGAGAUUAGGUGCAAAAGAAGGUGUAAUCGUUGCUGGUAAUCAAACUGAAGGAAACAGUAUGGGACAAUUAUCAGAACCUGCUGGAAUUCUUGUUGAUCAAUUAGGUACUGUCUAUGUAGCAGAUUCAAAUAAUCAUCGAGUCAUGUGUUGGCCAGAAGGAUCUACAAAAGGAAAUAUUAUUGUUGGUGGAAAUGGUUGUGGUGGACAAUCAAAUCAACUCUACAAUCCUCGAGGAUUAGCAAUGGAUUCCCAAGACAAUCUUUAUGUUGUUGAUAAUGCAAAUCAUCGAAUACAACGAUUUAGUAUCGAUUUAAUUCCAAAUCUAUAG